UUCUCCUCAUUGCAGUCUUUUCUUUUCUUUGUCACCCAAAAUCAAAAUGGCUCAAGAAACUGUGGUGAAGAGGUCACCCUCUCAAGAAAAAUUUCACAGGGUUCAAUUUGCAAUAGGGCUGUUGGUGCUGGUUUUGUUCUUGGGUUGUAUUUUCAUUCGGGUAAUGUCACCCACAAAUACUUUUAAAAACAGAUGGCUUCCAAGAUACAGAGCAAAGACUAACAAUACAACUUAUUUGGGUUCAAAAGGUUCUAAUCUUCUGAUGUACACAUUCUCAAUCUUGCUCAUAGCUACUUUGGGGUGUGUCUACCUCCACGUAACAAAAAAAGCAAAUGACUCCAACAUGGAAAUCAGCAACUCAAAGAAACAUGAGGUAGCCCUAUGGAAGCGUUCAGUGCUUAUAAAAGGCCCUCUUGGCAUUGUCUCUGGCACAGAGCUUGCAUUCUUGCUCAUGUUCAUUGCACUCCUUGUCUGGACCUUUGCAACUUCUUUAAGCAACAGGUUUGCAAAAAUCAGCCCCGAAUCAGCAGCAAAGGAUGGAGAGAAAAUAUGGGAAGAGAAGCUAGACGGUGCAGGAUUGAUGUUUGGUGUUGUUGGGAACAUAUGUUUGGUAUUCAUGUUUUUUCCUGUGGCUCGUGGUUCAAGCGUGCUGCCACUGCUUGGACUCACUUCUGAAAGUUGCAUCAAGUACCAUAUUUGGCUUGGACAUAUUGCCAUGCUACUAUUCACUGCUCACGGUUUGAGCUUCAUCAUCCAUUGGGCAAUUAUUCAUCACUUGUCUGCGAUGCUGGAAUGGAAGAAAAACGAUAUAUCAAUUGUGGCUGGAGAGAUAUCUUUGCUUGCUGGUUUGUUACUGUGGAUUGCAACCAUUCCCCGCAUUAGGCGAACUUAUUUUGAGCUCUUCUAUUACGCUCAUCACCUCUACAUCCUCUUCGUAGUCUUCUUCAUCUUUCAUGUUGGCAUUUCCUUUGCCUUAAUUAUGCUCCCUGGUUUCUACCUCUUCAUGGUUGAUCGUUACUUGAGGUUUCUGCAAUCAAGACGCCAAGUUCGUCUGGUUUCUGCUCGGGUUUUGCCAUGUGAAGCUGUGGAACUCAACUUCUCCAAGGGCCAUGAAUUAACUUAUAACCCCACAAGUGUGAUGUUCAUAAAUGUACCAAACAUAUCCAAGCUGCAGUGGCAUCCAUUUACUGUUACUUCUAAUAAUAAUUUGGAGGCAGACAAGCUAAGUGUUGUUAUUAAAAGUGAAGGACCUUGGACCAAUAAGCUAUACCAGUUGCUUUCAACUCCUUCCACAAUUGAUCACGUUUCUGUGUCUGUCGAAGGUCCUUAUGGACCUGCUUCUACCAACUAUCUACGGCAUGACACUCUUGUGAUGGUGAGUGGAGGAAGUGGCAUCACACCUUUUAUAUCCAUCAUUCGGGAGCUAAUACAUCUGAACACUAUAUUCAAAUGCAAAACCCCAAAAGUCUUCCUAAUUUGUGCCUUCAAGAACUCUUCUUCUCUGUCAAUGCUAGAGUUGAUCCUCCCAAUAAAUGGCACCCCUUCUGAUAUUUCUAAUUUAGAAUUACAUAUUGAGGCCUACAUCACAAGGGACAAGGAGCCUAAAGCAGAUGGCCCUAUUCACCCUCAAAUCAGAUGGUUCAAGCCAAAUCCAUCUGAUGAACCAGUACACGCUAUAUUAGGUCCAAACAGUUGGCUCUGGCUUGGUGCUAUAAUUUCAUCCUCUUUCGUCGUUUUCCUUAUCUUAAUAGGGAUCAUUACCCGUUACUACAUUUUCCCAAUUGAUCAUAACUCAAAUAAAAUAUUUUCCUACCCUUUGGAUGCCUUCCUUAACAUGCUAGUAAUAUGUGUGUCCAUAGCAAGUGUUUCUAGUGCAGCUUUUCUUUGGAACAAGAAAUAUUAUGCUAAAGAAGGAAAGAAGAUUAAGAACAUGGAAGGGUCUACACCAACAGUGUCGCCAAACUCCAUGGUUUACAAUGUAGAUAGAGAACUGGAAAGUCUUCCAUAUCAGUCACUUAUUCAAGCCACCAAUGUGCAUUAUGGUGCAAGACCUGACCUAAAAAAGAUCCUAUUUGAGCACAAAGGGUCUAGUGUGGGAGUUCUUGCUUCAGGACCCAAAACAAUGAGGCAUGAGGUUGCAGCCAUUUGCUCCUCAUCUGGUUUAGCUGAGAAUCUGCAUUUUGAGUCUAUUAGCUUUAGCUGGUGAUUUUACUCAUACUGUUAUAAUGGGUGUAAAAGUGAGUGAUCAAUCUCUGGAAGUACCUUGAAGGACUUGUUAAUUCUGUUGUUUUAUAUUUAAAUGACUGAAAAUUGUUGUCAAUAAUAAUCACGCCUUCAUA